UACUUUAAUAACGGUUUGAUCUUCUUCUUAUUCACUUUCAAAGAGCUAUAUAACCUAUAAAUGUACGUACCGGAGCGGGUGGAGGUUCAUGUCUGCUAGUUUGACACGUCUCAGGACCGUCUGUCAUUGGUUAAUGUACAGACAUAAUGUGUAACUUUAGACAAACAUGGAAAGUAACCCUUUCAGUUGUCGUUUUAUUAACUUGGUUUUGCGUCUAAAAGCGGGGUUUAUCGGCAAACUGGACGUGUGCUUUGUUGGCCGUAGUUGGUUAACAUGAGUGGUCAUUUAAAAACAAGUCAUCAUUUUGACCGUAGACGUUGAAGAAACCCGAGUUUUUACAAGAAAUGGUGUAACUUUUGACAGAGGUUAUUGUGUGUGGAUGUAGCACCACUGGAGAGUUGGGAUGCCCCUGGAGGUCAAAUGGCCAUUCCCACAAUGCCCUGCCCUGUCAUGGAGAAUCUCAAGCUCACUUAUUAUGGGCAUGGUGGGGUCCUAUUCCUACUUUUGGACCAAGUACAUGAACUACCUGACUGUCCACAACCAGGAGGUUUUGUUGAACCUGAUUGACCAGAGACCCUCUGACACGCCCCUCAUCACUCUGUCCAAUCACCAGUCCUGCAUGGAUGACCCACAUGUGUGGGGUGUACUGAAGCUCAGACAGCUAUGGACUUUCAACAAGAUGCGGUGGACCCCAGCGGCAUCUGACAUCUGCUUCACGAAGGACAUUCACUCCAGGUUCUUCAGCCGUGGGAAGUGUGUUCCUGUCUGCAGAGGCGAUGGUGUUUACCAGAAAGGUAUGGACUUUAUUCUGGAGAGGCUGAAUAAAGGAGAAUGGGUGCACAUUUUUCCAGAAGGCAAAGUCAACAUGACUGAGGAAUUCAUCCGUUUAAAAUGGGGCGUGGGUCGGCUAAUAGCAGAGUGCUCCCUUAACCCCAUCAUCUUGCCCCUCUGGCAUGUGGGUUUGACUGACGUUCUGCCAAACGUAAAGCCCUACAUUCCUCGGAUCGGCAACAGAAUCACAGUCCUGGUGGGGAAACCAUUCAGCGUCAAAGAACUUGUGGAAACCCUUCGAGCUGAAAACAGGAGCCAGAUGGAGAUGAGGAAGACCUUGACUGAUUUCAUCCAGGAGGAGUUUUACAACCUGAAAGCCCAGGCGGAGGAACUCCACACGCAGAUCGACACCAGAUCCUGAGACGCAGCCUUCCUGUUUCUGCCUGCAAAUACUUCUCACAACCACUAGGACCGAGGCCACUUUACCCUUAAACCGGGUAUAAUCCUGAAAUAUUCUUCCUCAUCCGUCGUCUGAUCUGGUUUGAAUACUCAAAACAUCCAGCCUGCUCAAGAUUCACAUGAUUUUGGUUUAUUUUGGUUUGUGUGCUGUGCUCUGAACAGAAUGACGGUCAUUAAUGGUUAUUUCUGGAAUUUUGGAUCCUACACAAACUACUUUGUGAUUCAGCCAUUUUUUUAAAAACAAAUUGUGUUUUUAAGUAUUUGAGCAUAUUUAGUUUCAGUGAUAAACCACGACAAGCAGCACUGUAGGUGGAUGGGAGAUUAAAUACUUUGAAAGUACUUCAGCAGCAGGUUAGUGAUUCUCAAUGUUACCCAUGUCAAUGUUUACUUCGGCUAUUACCUCACUGGAAUCUUGGGAAUUACAUAAAUUUUGUAUGAAUCAUUGCUUCACCGUUCAAGCUCAAUGCCAAUGUUCAGUGCCUCAGUAGGACCUGUUAAGUUCUUUAUGUUUGGGUGUAGAGGUUCAGAGAGUGGAGAAUAUGAUCUUUAGCCACAUUUAAAGUUAUAAUCCUCAAGAUUUCAGUCGUCCUUUUUUAUACACACUUGCAGUUAGUGAAGAUAACGGCCCAUGAGUGCACUGCACAGAUUUGAAAACUCUUUGUUAAGCAGGUACAAUGGUUGUGUUGAAAAAAAAUGGAGGAGAAACUCGUCUAUGAAGAUGCGAGAAAGUCAGAUGAAAUAACCGAUUUCAUGCUGCAGAAGCAGUUUUUUUAAAAAGCAGCAUGACGCAGUGAAAGACGUUUGCAGGGGAGUUGGAGCUGUGAAACUUUAUCUGACAGCUCACGCUCACUUAUUUGGAAAAAAUAUAAACAAUAGCUAUGAAUCACUUUGUUUCGCAGACGCUUUUUUGAAUAUCUUGAUCUGCAGAUAGAUUAAUAAAAAGUUACACCUGAUUACAUACUACAUUUAUUGUUUCUUUUUAUGUGCAGAAAUGUCAUUUAAUUUCAGUUUGGAAACAGUAAAGUCCCAAACUAAAUGAAUAGAAAAACACGAUUUGUGAUUAUUGCCGGAAAUUAAUAGUUUUCUUCUAUUUGAUUUUGUAAAAAUCUUAAGGAUUAUAACCUUAACUGUUACGGCCACAAAGUUUUCCAAGCGAGAACAAAAGAAGACGUGGUUAUAAAAAUAAUCGUUUUAAUAAUAGUUUUGCAGAAUCUUGCAUUAUUGAUCUUUUUUAGGUGACACAGUUACACCAACCACCUCCCCCGUUUUCAGCAGGACUGUACACCAAGCUGCUCCCCAUUGAAUUACUACAUGUUAGUAUGUUUUGACAUUGUGCUGCACUGUCAUUUUUGUACUCUUCACCAGAACAAAGAGGACAUAAUUGUUCUAGUAAUAAAAUGGUUUUUGUUUCACCUUUAAUGUGCAGGCCUUGUAUCCUGCUCUUUUGGUGGAAUCUCUUUUAUUUUCUGUUGUAACUAAAGCUUCUUUUCACAGACAAUGAUGCUCUUUUUCAGGCUGGGGUCCUUCUUGUGAAUGCUAACUCUUUAUCUGGAGCGUCUGAACCUUUUCUUGGAUCCCUCUCAGGUUGUUCCACCUCUUCCUGUGUAUCUGUAGUGUCCACCUUCUUGUUAUUCCCCCUUUUAGCUCAGGCACACCAGCUGUUGCCGCUUAACAGAAAAUGCAGCUGCUUCUAAUGAAGUUGCUGUUUGCAGGGCCUCAACUUCGUUAUAAUCAUGAGGGGGCCAAACCCCCCCGAAAAAAAUGUAUGUGUGCACUUUUCCUCCACACAGACUGGAACUUGUAAAGGAAGAGUGUGCAGUGAUAAAUGUGCAAUGAUUCAGUCCUGAUUUUUCAUUUAUCAGUUUUGCUAAAGGAGAUUUUUUUCUGAUUUUGCUUAGUUCUAUUAUCUAAAAAAUAAUUCAUGAAUGCAUAAAUUAUAGUAGGUUGCUUAUAUAAAAUUGCUGUGCUUAAAGGCUUCUUUAUUUUAUUUUUCCCAUUCAACAGCUUUUUUUAUGUUUGUGAUUCCAGAACUGAGAAACCAAAUGAAACUGAUGAUUUUCUGUCCUCUACUACGGUUCAUUUCAGUAGUAUUUUAUUAAUUUAUUGAUGAGUCUCUCGGCUUCACAUUUGAGAAAACUGUGUUUGUAAUCUUAUUAUUCUGGUUAUUUAGUCGUGGCGCAAACACCGGUUCAAUUCAUGGCUAAAAUCUGGGUGCAAACCAGUCGUGCAUGUUUAUAACGUUUUACAUUUAUUUAGAUUUAUUGAAGAUGAUGCCUGAGCACAGCUUCUCCAAUCAGGAGAAGAGUGUGUGUAUGAACAUUUCUCGCUUAUGUGCAUUCACAUUUUUUUUAUAUGAAACCACAUGUACAUCUGGCCACUGACUGAUGUGAAUCUUGGCCAUGCUUAAUCAGCGUUUGGUCCGGCACUUAAGAUUGUUAAAUUAUCCUUUAAAGUGUAGUUUGUUUGUUUUUUAGCUUUUUGGGGGGGUUCCUCUCCUUACCCUUGUAUGAAUUCAAUCACAACAGAGGAGGGGACAUCUUUUAUCUCUGGGUGGAGUGGUUUUGUAAAGGAGAAGAACCUCUGUGGUUAUUUUAUAAUGUAUUGCCUUACCCUGAUUGCCACACUUUCCUUCUGUAUUUGAAUGCCAAUAAAAUAUCUGACUUUUCACAAA